AUGGACGAGCACCUCAGCCUCCUGCGCUCGCCGCCGCCGCCGCCCUCCGCCCGCCACCGCGCCCACCCGCCGCAGCACCCCGCGAGCGGCGGCGGCGGCGGCGGCGCCCACACGCUGGUGAACCCCGGCUACGCAGAGCCCGCCGCGGGCCCCGAGCUGCCGCCGGACAUGACGGUGGUGGCCGGGGACCACCUGCUGGAGCCGGAGGCGACCGACGGCGGCGGGGACCCGCCUCAGGGCGGCUGCGGUGGCGGCGGCGGCUGCGACCGCUACGAGCCGCUGCCGCCCGCGCUGCCCGCCGCCGGCGAGCAGGACUGCUGCGGGGAGCGCGUGGUCAUCAACAUCUCGGGGCUGCGCUUCGAGACGCAGCUCAAGACCCUCUGCCAGUUCCCGGAGACUCUGCUGGGCGACCCCAAGCGGCGCAUGAGGUACUUCGACCCGCUCCGCAAUGAGUACUUCUUCGACCGCAACCGGCCCAGCUUCGACGCCAUCCUCUACUACUAUCAGUCCGGGGGCCGAAUCCGCCGGCCGGUCAAUGUGCCCAUCGACAUCUUCUCCGAGGAGAUCCGCUUCUACCAGCUGGGCGAGGAGGCCAUGGAGAAGUUCCGCGAGGACGAGGGCUUCCUGCGGGAGGAGGAGCGGCCCCUGCCCCGCCGAGAUUUCCAGCGCCAGGUGUGGCUGCUCUUCGAGUACCCGGAGAGCUCCGGGCCGGCCCGGGGCAUCGCCAUCGUGUCCGUGCUCGUCAUCCUCAUCUCCAUCGUCAUCUUCUGCCUGGAGACGCUGCCCGAGUUCCGCGAUGAGAAGUACUACACCGCCUCGCCUUCGCAGGAGCUGUUCGAGACGGCCAGCAACAGCACGUCGGGGGCCCCCGCGGGAGCCUCCAGCUUCUCGGAUCCCUUCUUCGUGGUGGAGACUCUGUGCAUCAUCUGGUUCUCCUUUGAGCUGCUGGUGCGGUUCUUCGCUUGCCCCAGCAAAGCCACCUUCUCGCGAAAUAUCAUGAACCUGAUAGACAUUGUGGCCAUCAUCCCUUAUUUCAUCACUCUGGGCACCGAGCUGGCUGAGCGACAAGGCAAUGGACAGCAAGCCAUGUCCCUGGCCAUCCUGAGGGUCAUCCGCCUGGUGAGGGUCUUCCGCAUCUUCAAGCUCUCCCGCCACUCCAAGGGGCUGCAGAUCCUGGGGCAGACGCUGAAGGCUUCCAUGCGGGAGUUGGGGCUGCUCAUCUUCUUCCUCUUUAUUGGGGUCAUCCUUUUCUCCAGCGCAGUCUAUUUUGCGGAGGCAGACGACCCCACUUCAGGUUUUAGCAGUAUCCCUGAUGCCUUCUGGUGGGCUGUGGUAACCAUGACGACAGUAGGUUACGGUGACAUGCACCCAGUGACCAUAGGGGGCAAGAUUGUGGGGUCACUCUGUGCCAUCGCUGGUGUCUUGACCAUUGCUUUGCCAGUCCCUGUGAUUGUUUCCAACUUCAAUUACUUCUACCACCGGGAGACAGAAGGGGAAGAGCAAGCCCAGUACUUGCACGUGGGAAGUUGCCAGCACCUCUCCCCUUCAGCCGAGGAGCUCCGGAAAGCGAGGAGUAACUCGACUCUAAGUAAGUCGGAGUAUAUGGUGAUCGAAGAGGGGGGUAUGAACCAUAGCGCUUUCCCCCAGACCCCCUUCAAAACGGGCAAUUCCACGGCCACCUGCACCACGAACAAUAAUCCCAACUCCUGUGUCAACAUCAAAAAGAUAUUUACCGAUGUUUAAUAUAUGAAACAAGUGACAUGCUGUGCCCAGUAUUGUGUAGAACGUGCCCCCUUGGUCUGUGUAUGCCCUUGUUUUAUACAUUUCCAGACCAUUCAUCAAGGAAAGGACAUGAAGAAGUGGAAAGCACACUUCAUUCUCCCUCUCCCUACUGCUUCAUACUGAAACAGGUGUCUGUUUUGCAAGUGGGCUGCAUUCUCUCAGCUCUCCUUUUUUUUUCUCUCCCUCUCUUAAUAUUUCGAACAACAAACUUACUUUAAACUUGGUUUUUAGCACAUGCUCUGUAAAAAAAAAAAGACAAAAAAAGAAAACCAAACAAAAAAACUGUACAUCCUGGAAGGAAAUGAAACUAAAGAACGGAGUAACUGUCUAACCUCAGAAUCGAAAGGCAGCUGUUUCUUUACUAAGUAAAGCAGGCACAUACUUAAAGGAUGCUUCGGUUUGAUAGACCCGUCAACAUUAUUGAAUAUUUAGUUCAAUUGCCAACACUGUGGAUAUGUGGAUGAAAAGUCUAUUUAGAACAAUGACUUGUAAACCCACCGUAAGUUUAUUUGUUUUCAACUGGAAUUUCUAUUUGGAAGCCCCCCUCCCGGAAUUUUAAGGAUCUCUACAACUUUGAACUAAGGGAAAUGCCCAAGAUGUCCUGAUCUGACUAAUUAGUUUAACUCUUUGGGGCUUGUUAAGCAUUUCGAAAGUAUUAGGCUAAGAGAUUCCUGUGAAAUUCUGUAUGCAUUCCUGCUAACAUCUAUCAAAGUCUAGAAACAGAUGUUUUCAGUGCUGCUGAGAGAAACAAAAAAAUUUCCUAAUGCAUCUGGGAGAUAAGCUUCUGCAGUAUCACAAGAAGAUUAAAGUGGCAGACACUUCUUCCAGCAGAAGUUACUAAUUCGGACCUGACUGAUGCAGUUCCCAUAGCAACACAUGUUUCCCGGGAAACCCGAAAAAGGUUGUCAUGGCAUCUCUUGCUCUCUAGCCCCACCCCCUAGCCCCUGCUGUUUCCACAGUAACCUUUCCAGAUGGUUCCUACUUACAUGAUUUCACAAGGAAAACCACUGUUUGAAUAAACCGCACAAGUAAAGUCUUAGAAUCCAAAGUGGUGAGAUGAAUCACAAAAUGCAUAUUUUUACUACAGAAAAUCACUGAUGUCAUCCCAUAUUGACUGAAUUGAAAAGGAAAAUAUCGUCAUUGGAAUGUUAAAUAUACACAACAAUAAGCCAUGAUUUGAAUGAAAUGCCAGUAAUUAGGCAAUCAUUUUAAAAGAUGCUUCUCUACUGUUUUCUUUUCCCAAGAAGUUUCAAGCCAACAAAUGAAGUUAAAAAGCAGAUAUCAAAGUGUUCUGCACAUAAGCAAGUGAAAGAUUCAAUCAAUAUACCUGAAACCUUACUACAAGGGACCUUCAGACUUCCUCUUUAAAAACAUUAUCCAGAUCCCACAACAACAGUGUCGCCAUCACAGCCCUUGAAAAACUAAAUAUACUUGAAAAAUAUAAAGGAUGCACGCUUUUAACUGAGGGAAUUGCAGACAAUCAAUAAGAAGGAGGAACAGGAAGUAACCAAACCUUGGGGAAGUACUUGCAAGUUUCAGCCAUGUGCCAGGGAUGGCCAGAAGACAGCAUCAGAUACCUGAAGAGCCCCACAUAAAGAACAGUAGAGCUGCACUGACCAGUAGGAUGCUCUUUUUAAAUUGCUUAGAUCAAGAAUACAGUGUUGGUUAUAUUGCUGAUGGACGGUGAUCUGUCUGCCAGCACAUACUUUUGUUUCAGCUGACGUUAAAUAACAUGUCUCUAAGAAAUGCUUCAUAUACGAGAAACAGCUCUGAACCUGGAGGAUUCUGUUCAAAUUGUGUGCAAUAUAAAAGAUAUUGACCAAUAAAUAAAGAAGAACAUUAAAAAUAUUAAAGUAUCAUUUCAACCUUUUGACAUUUUGAUGAUAUUUAAUCAUCCAAAAACUAAUCAGUACUGCUAAUAAAGAAAACCUAAAUGUUUGUUUCUAACAAGGCAACUAAUUACACUGUUUUCUUCUUUCAUUUAAUUACUGGACUAUGUUUAAUCAUGAUGUAUAUUAAUGUUAUCUUCUCUGUUCUGAGUUAUGUGCAACUUUAUUUGUGAAAGUGUGUUUUGUACCAAAGCCUCUCAUACAUAAAUUAGCCCAUUUAUACGUAAAUAAGCGAAGUCUAUACUGUGCCCAGAUGAAUGGUAUUAAAGACAGACUUGCCUAAAAGAAAUGUGCCUUGCUUGAUUAAACAUUCUUUUAUUUUUUGAUUCAAAAUGAUAGAUUUGCAAAUUAGUCUUGUAGGUAGGUUUUAGCUGAGCUUAGCUUUAAAAAAUAUAGUAGUACUUAUAUGUUUAAGUUGUCUAUCUUAACUAAAAUUUUAACAUUUAGUUAUACCUUUCAACAGUUCAUAUAUAAUAUACUCAUUUAAUUUAGUUUUCAUGCGAUGUUUGGUGUGGUGAGACAAAGCACAUUCUUAAAGAUAUAUAUAAUAUUUCAUCUAAUGUUUUAAGAAUUUCUUUAAAAAUUGUAUCUGUAAAAGGUUUCUUGCCUCAUUUUCUAUUUUUAUAUUCUUUUAGAAAUAGAACUUUUUUCAGUUAAAAAGAAAAGCAAAGUUUUAUUUGUAAAAGAGAUUUAGGAGAUCAUGAAAAUGAUUUCCCAUUUGGGGACAUUUCACUUCUGUGCCAUUAUUAAUGUAUUUACUGUGACAUUUCAGCAGAAUGGUAGCUAUUUGCAUAUUAUUUAAUAAGCCUUAUGGAAAGUUAAACUGUGAACAUUUAAUAUAAAGAAGACUUUUCAUUUCCAUAUUUCAUUUUCAAAAUAUACCUGAACAAAUGUGUAAAACUCCAAUCUCCUGCUAUUUAAAUGCAUAACAAUGCUAAGUUAUAAUACGAGUACUUGUAGAAUUUCAAUUACUAUCAAAAUAUUGUUGUAGGAAAGCCAAAAUUAUAACACUUUUUGAUGUCCUGUAGAAGGAAAUGCAGGUGAUGAAUUUCACUGUUAUCAGUAACUGAAACAAUCUUAUACCUACUAGCAGCGAAACAGACAGGAGAUACAAUCUGGGUAACUUUCUUUGAGGCAACGUCUACAAUGGAUUUUGCACAAUCUGCUGGUAAGUUCUCUGGCCAAAACUUUGAGACCAGAUCACUCUAGGAAAAAAUGAAAUUAAAAAUAUGACAAAUGUCUCAGAUUUGAGCUAUGUGAACCUCCAAUCUGGAUAAUUUGUGAUUAAAGUGAAAAUAUAGCCACCACAGUGUUUUUGUUCUGUGUUAGCCUGUGUAGUAGAGACACUGGCCCAGAGAAUAGUCCAUUUCCAGCCACCUUAAUACUCAUAACUGAUAAUCACAGCCUGGUCACAUCAGCUAUUGGGAUGAUUGAAACAAACCAAACAACUGUCCUAAUAGGAGGUCUUAGACAUGCAGAUGUUUUAGUAAGGAUCAGUAGGUGUUACCAAAAUAGACACAAGAGCUACCUUUAUAAAAUACCAAUGACACAACCUUAAGCAUUAUAGUAUGUUUAAUAUCAUAUCCACAUUAUUAUUAUAGCCUACAGUUUCAAAUAAAGACAAAAUCUGGACUUUGCAAUAAAAGCACAGAAUGGUACCAGAUGAAGAAACUGUCAUAUCAAAUAUGGUUCACCAAAUGGGUAGUAAAAAUAGUAUUAUUCUAGAUAUCAGGAAACCAGAAUUCUUACCCACUUUCUGCCUGUGGGACCCUAGAUAAGUCACUUACCACUGCUAGGCUUCAGUUUCCUAAUUGCAAAAUGGAUGUUCUGGGUUACUCUCCAAAGCCCUUUCCAGCCCCCAAAUUCUCAUUAUAUGCAUUUGAAAAGGCUUUGAAGCAUACUUAAGUACUCUGAUUUUUUAUGAAUUUCUGAAGGAAUGAAUAAAUUAAAAUAAGAUUUAAGUCUUGAAAGUGUCAUAAAUAUAUCAUUCUUCAAAUUGCUUGUGAGAGAGAAUAUGGGAUUUUUUUUCUCCUCUGAGAAUUGUCACUGGUCUAUAAAUGGGAUCAUGAAAAAGUAGAAAAAAUCACUCUGCGGAAUGGAAACAGAUGAAUGUAUUACCUGAAAAGGAGGGGGGGUUAUUUUUUUUAAUUUAAUUUGAUGUUAAGGUGAUUUGAAAUCAUAUAUGAAAUGCUAAAACUAUAACAGAGCUUUAUCAUAUUCAACAUUAUAAUCCUGGGAGUAGGAGAAGGUGGGAAAAGGUUAGAGGGAUAGGAGUGUUUGCCUUAUGAUCUCUUGAUUAUUUCCGCAUAAGCCGCAGUUUGGUAGAGCAGGUGUCUGUGCUCUCGUGCUGGCUUUACCAGUAACUCUCAUGUGCCCUAGGAAAGUCCCUUUAACGUCACUGAGCCCCAGUUUCUUUUAGUAAUCUGUACGUUUCUUUACAUCUUUGAAAAUUCUAUAUUGUUUUCAGAUGGUUGUAAUAUACAUGUCCAUGUCGCUCCCCUCCAGUCACUUAGAUGCCACAUCUCUACUCAUGUGACUGAACAGACUGCAAAUCCAAACAUUCACGUUUCCAAUAUUUGCUAAUUGACUUCAGCAAGAUGUAAAACAUGGAAAUAUUUUGAUUUUGACCACGGUUUAAUUAUUAUGAUUUAUCAUUUCAUCUUUGAAUGUUGUUAAUUGUCUAAAUGAAAUGUCUGUUCGAGUGAACCUUUUUUAAAAAUGUUGUAGUUGAAUAAACACUUAGCAAAUCAAAAUUAAGUAUAUUAUGCUUCCCAGUGAACUGUAGCUGAUUUUAAGGUGCAUUUUUGUCACAUUUAAAAGUUAAUACCCUUUUGGUCCCAGAAACAAUGGCUAUGACUUAAAAUAAUAUUCACAGAAUUUUGUAAAUUUUUGUGAAUACAAAAGAGACUUGAUAGAGCCACAUUGUAAUUAAUUUUGCUCAGGAGUGAGAAACAAAAUUCAGGGAUAACCCAAACGCUUCUGUUUGGCUUUAGUGGACAGUUGGGAAAACGAAAGGUUAUAGGUUUUGUACAACAUAGGUAAGAUGCCCAUAGGUAAUUAUACCCAUUGUAAAAGAAGAGUAUAUUCUGGUUGCUGGUUUAUGGUAGAAAGAGAUUAGUAUAGAAAGAUGCUAAAAUAUGGACACUACAGAAAUUGUUAAAAUGAUGGUCCAUUUGAAUAAUACAGAAAUAUUUUGUCAUACUGAGAUUAUCUGUCCAGAAGUAUAAUCUUAUAUCCUUCCAUUCAGAAAAGGGGGCAGUUUUUAAGGCCUCUAUCAUAAUAGGAAAUGUAUGUUUUGACUAGUGGAGCAAUUCAUUAAAACAUUUAAUCUGAUAAUUUUGGUUAUGUGAAUCUGAAUUUUCACUUUAGGUGUAAUUAAGUCUCUUAAUGUAUUAGUGUUAGUGAUCUUUGUAAGAAGUAAUUUAACUAUUUUUUUUUAAAGUUGAUGAAAUUUGCUAAAUGGUGAUCCUAGCAUACUGUGUUAAUAGUGUAUCUUACAACAAUUUGUGAACUGACCAUAUGAAAACAAAACAUAGUAGUAUCUCUUCCAGUAAAUUGUUUCCAUGGUGUGAUCUCUUAAUACCAGGUUUGGGGUGGGGAGAUUAAGUAUUUAGUUUACGUAAAACUAACUGUCAAACUGUUUUUCCUAAAUGCCAUGAAAGUGUAUGAUUAUAAACCAAAUAGGAAUAUCCUAUUAAGGACACUGUAUAGACCAUUUUUGAAAUGAUAUAAUUUCUGUUAAAAAGUUUCUACGCAUAUGAGGGAAAGCAAACAGUGUGUGUAGUAUUUCUGUGUAAUAUGCUAAAUGUUUUAGAAUUCAUUUUUGAAAUCUUAUGCAGAUAGAAAGUAUGCACAUAUCAGAAUAACAAAUACAACUACAACACUUCAGUUUUUUCAGAGAUGUCUUGCAUUUGUUUAUUAUCUCAUACUUUGCAAAGAUCAUUAACAUUUAAUCUUAAAAUAUCCUUAUGAAGUAAUAAUACUAUCUGAAGUUUACAGAUUAAACAACCAAGAUUUAGAAAGAUCGUGACUUGUCCAAGAUCAUAUGGCCAGCAAAUGACCUUAAAUCUCAUGUUCUUUACACUUUUCAUUCUAUGUCAAGUUAUUUUUUUUCUACCACUGGCAUGAUCUUUAAAACUUUGACUAAAAUUUAAUUCUAAAUGAUACAUUGGGAAAUUUCAGGUCUAAGCUACAAGGCAUGGCUGCUGAUAUUGUCAGACCUUUUUAGAUACUUCCAAAAUAUAGUCCUCCCUCAGGUAGAUAGCAAACAUUUUCCAUCUAAAACAUACUAAGUCCCCACACUCUGACCACAGGCAUUAAAUCGUAUGAUGUCAAAAAUCUAGACUGAAAGAUUAUCUUCUCCACUGGUCUCCUUUCUAAUUUCCUUUUUAAAAAGUCCAUCACAAUGACUGAUUUCUGAACAGUUGAAAGAAGCAAUAAUCAACCCAAGAAACCACAAACAUUCUAAUUCAAAGAAAACAUACUGUGAGACCCACCAUAUUAGCCAUUUUUCAGCCUAUUGUUUUUCAUCACAUGUAUCCUGUGAUUAGGGGAGGACAGGGAAUGUGGAGUGGGUAGAAAAACUGCCUUUAUUUUGAGAAAACUCAUUAUUUCCUGUAACUAUUCAAAAAGAAUUGGUAUCAAGUAUUAGAUAACAGGAUUAUUAACAUUUAGCCAUAGUUCAAAUAUGUGGUAAAGUUGAUACACAUAUUUAAAAAUCCACUUAAGUAAUUUCCUGGAUAAAAUUAAAAUUUGAUGACCACUCAGUUUGAAUAUGGAGAACAUUCAUGUGUUAAUCCAUGACAUAAUACUACAUUUUAAUUCUUUUCUCAAACAACAGAGAGACACUGUAAUUGCUUUCCCUUGUAAAUCAACAGUCUGUGAUACAUUCUCUACUUUUACUGACUAGCAAUGCAGUGUUACUGUAAACAAUUAAAUGGAACAUAAGCUAUAGGAUAUCAGAAUUUAAAAUUUUGUAACCUUAAAUUUAGUUCUCUUCAUCAGACAGAUAUGUCAAACAAGUAUUAUUUUGUAUGGAAUGAAAUAAUAAUCAUUCUUAAACAAUGACAUAAUAAAUAAUGGAACUCUGAAUAAAGUGUAAAAUCAAACCAUAUUUUGUAUUUUUCUAUAUUUGUCUUCCUUUGUCAUUGAAUUAUGUUGAUUUAUCACAUAUUAAUGUAAAGUUAAAAUAAGCUCUUAUGCCAUGUUCUGUAAUGUUCUUGACAUAAUAAUUUUGGGCCUUCUGUUAGGUAAAUAACAGUAAAUACCUGUGAGUUGAUUAUGUGAUAUUUUCCUCUGAUUCCUUUUAUAAAUUUGUCAUUGGAUUUAAAGUGUUUUCAUUGCAAAUGU